CUCAUCAAGUCAACCCACACAAGCCCAAUUAAUACACCACAACAAUGCCUACCACACUUGUUCAUUUACUAAGUAUUAUUUUUUGUUUGAUUAUCAAGUCUUCAAAUGCAUUAACUCCUGAUUACUAUCUUCAAACAUGCCCCAAUGCUGAGGCCACCAUCACCAAGGCUGUGAGGAGAGCCAUAAUCAAAGACAAAACAGCUCCAGCAGCUCUACUCAGACUUCACUUCCAUGACUGCUUCAUUAGGGGUUGCGAUGCCUCGGUGCUGCUGGACUCCAAGGGAAACAACAAGGCAGAAAAAGAUGGACCUCCAAACAUUUCCUUACAUGCAUUUUAUGUGAUUGACAAUGCUAAGAAGGAGCUCGAAAAGAUGUGCCCCGGUGUCGUCUCAUGUGCUGACAUUUUGGCUGUUGCUGCUAGGGAUGCUGUUGCACUUUCUGGAGGUCCAACAUGGGAUGUCCCUAAAGGGAGGAAAGAUGGCAGAGUUUCAAAGGCUAAUGAUACAUUGCAAUUACCAUUUCCCACUUUCAACAUUUCUCAAUUGCAACAAAGCUUCUCAAAAAGAGGCCUCUCUUUGGAUGAUUUAGUUGUACUCUCAGGAGGACACACACUUGGUUUCUCGCAUUGUUCGUCCUUCCAGAACAGAAUUCACAGCUUCAGCAACGCAACGGAAGUGGAUCCAUCGAUGAACCCGGGGUUUGCAGCCAGUCUGAGGCGGAUUUGCCACGUGCACAACAAGGUGAAGAAUGCUGGGGCCAAUCUGGACUUUACACCAAAUGCAUUUGACAAUGUUUAUUACAAGUUGCUGCUAAAAGGGAAGAGCAUAUUUUCGUCGGACCAGGCACUUCUUGCUACUUCCAGGACAAAGGCAUUGGUCGGGAAAUUCGCCACCUAUGAGAAGGAGUUCUUUGAUGCAUUUGGCAAGUCUAUGAUCAAGAUGAGCAGCAUCAACGGCGGUGGAACUGAGAUCAGACUUAACUGUGGAUUAGUUAACUGAUUUGCAAUUGGAUUGUUAGUUCUGUCUUCCUAGGAUAUGUUUUGUUGUUUCUCAUGGUUUUCAUUUUGCAGUGCAGAAUAUUAAGUGCAUUUGUAACUUCAUUUUA